UGACGAUUUCCUCUAUUUGUGUUGUUUGUUGUCAUAGGUCUCUGUGGUGCUCAUGCGGGAUGAAUGCGACACUGGCGUGCAAUCGUAAGGGCGACCGCAUGGAUGUCAUUUGCGGAACUGUAAAUGCUGGUGUAGCCACCAGACGCAAUCCGAAGUUUCAAGAUGAUUGGGUGACAUAUUUAAACAAUUUUGGGAGGGGUUAGAGAAGAAGUGUUUUGAUUUUAGCGAUUUUUGGAGGGAUGAGGUGUUCGUCGAAUCUCAGCGCAAAACCCGCAGGACUGCCUGAUUUUUUGGAGUUUUAAAGCGAUCAAGCGGUGGAUGAUCUCGGAGGUUUAGAUGGGAUUCGAAGGUAAAAAACAGAUCCGCAGAUGGGUCAGG